AUGUCAACAAACACACAACCUCAGACCAACAGCCAUGCUACCAAGCCCAGUCCCGGAAUCUACGCCAAGGAGUUUCGAAAGAACUGGCAAGUGGCGAGCGCUGACAAUGACCUCACCCUCUAUGGAUUCCGUCGUUUCAAGACAUCUCACCUCUUGAACCUUCGCUUUCUUGAAGACGAAAUCGCCAAGGUUGAUCAUGUAAUCUACCAGGCUGGUCUCUCUCUAGGCCGGGACCAUGCACCCGCAAAUAAGCUUGGGCUCAACUAUUGUAGAAAGGACCCGCAUGUGCCCGAUAUUAGCGCGACGAUUACAGAAGAGUUGGUUCUAAAGCUUCGCGGCCUUCUUAGGCAGUACGGUUCGAAACCCGCAUAUGAAGCCCUAUCAGCAUUCAACAAUAUCAUGACCAUGGAGAGAUGCUCGCUAUUGGAUGACGAGAAAGCAGCUAGCGCACGCACAGACCUCACGUUGCCCGAGAUGUACGAGACCAGGCUGCUGAGACCAGAUCUCCCACCCCGGUCGCGCGCCGACCCUGUGUCACACUGGAUCCAUAGGCUGCUGCGGGAUUUCCGGUACUGGAAGCUCUCAAGACGGUGUGGGACGAGUGGCGUCGAGGCACAGCUCGCUCUAGGCAGGGCAGGCAGAUUCUCGCAUCAGAACUCCGCUCCAAUCGCCAAUUUCCUCGGGCGACUGAUAGCCACACUCAUGACCUGUCUCUUCCUGGUCGUUCCCUUGGCGAUAUUGAGCCCCAAGUCGCCUCCCAAUAUGCAGCUUGCAGUGGUGGCUGUGUGCAUCCUGAUGUUUUCUUUUCUGGUCGCCGCGAUGAUGAAGGCGUCGAAUUUUGAGAUGAUGGCUGUGUCUUCUGCAUAUGCGGCUGUGCUGGCAGUCUUUGUCUCGAGUACUUCCUAG